AUGAAUUUGGGCUACAUCCUAUUUCAUUAUACUGUCUACAAAGAUCCUGAGAAAUCUUAUAAGCAGUUCAAGUCUCUUUCGCAUACUGUAGAAAAAUAUUCCCAAAACUUGCUAGAUAGAGCAGAUAAUCCUAUCAGGAAAGGAAUAAUUGCUAUAAUCAUUUUUUUUCGCUGGUCAUUACUGGUGAUUGCGGGUGAGAAAAUUGCUCUUUCCCGGGUAGUUCAAUGGUCUCGUCCAAAUUUUGGGAAAGCUAAUUUGAAUUCGACCUAUAAAUUCCUUAUGGUAAUUAUUUAUAAAGAGUUCUCUUGGAAGUACUGGAUGCAUAUGCUCUAA